GAGUGUCUUGGUUACGAUGACGUCGAAAAAAUGGAUAUUUCUAAGGAAGCUAUUCGUAUAGCGGCUUCCAGAGUUUGCCAGGAGCUACAAAAUCUGGAAACGAGCCGUAUCUCUGUAGAUGACUUUGGCCAUGCUGAAUCGGCAGCCGAAGGUGCUCACAUGGGGCUGUGGGUAAAUCAGGAGCUGCGCAGCAUAGACCAUUGGGCAUUUGUGCCACAACUUCAGCUGUACUAUGAACCAGAGCUCCCGUGCGACUCGAAUGGAUAGCGAAUUGGACUGGCGAAAGCUGAGGCACAAAAUCUCGCCCGUCAACUAUAAGAAACUCCAUCGAACCUCAUGACACUCUGGUGCGAACGUGGAGGUUAAAGGACGUGGAUAGGCCGAAAAUGAGGCGAUGACGUCAUUUCUAACGUUAGCCAAGGGAUCCUGUGAACCUCCAAUAUUUCUGGAGCCGCUAGCCGAGGCAUUGCUGCACUUAAACUCCCCGUGAACAUUCGCAUGAGAUUAUUUUACCCAGCAAAUAUGCUCAGCCGAGCACGUGGAUGUACAGCUGUAAAGCUGCGGCUCUUCUGCGAGAGUUUCGUCCUCGUGGAAAGUUGAUGCACAUCGAUGCGCUAAACGUGAUGAAGACGAAAGGUACCGAAUACCCGUACUUUCGUAGAGGCGUGACAGGACGACCAACACGCACGCUAAUCGAAUUUAUCGCGCAGAGUGUCGUCCAGUGUGGAGAUUGUGGAAGCAGCGGAAUCAAGAAGAAAAGUCAACAGA